CUUGUUCGUGAAACGACAUGUCAACCAAAACGAAUAUACACAUGAUUGAUCUUGAUUAAGUGGUGCGCUAAUCUUGAAAAACGUUAGAGGUAAUCUUUAGGAUCGGUCUAACAAUCGAUGUGAUCGAUCCGUGUAUUAAGAAUGGCAAUGUGAGGGUAUUCAUUUUGGCCCAACAUUUAAAUGAUAUCUCGUUUGCAGUAUCUUACCCUUUAAAACUGACCUAGAACUGUAUGCAAACUACGAUUUAAUAUAACAUGCUAGUGUAAUCUUUCGGCUAUACAUAAUUGGGUGUAACUCGGAGCUAUCGCUUAAUUUCAGUACAAAGCGCCUAGUGUGCAACGGAGGCAUACUAUAGCAGUAGAUAGCUGACAGAACGACGACGUGACGGGGUCCAUCUAACGUUAUGGAAGGGGAGACGAGGCGCUUCGUGUAAUCUAAUCAGAUUAAUCUAGAAAAUACUCUUUUUGAUCACUUCAGUUGACCUGUGACAAAGGCCGACUUAAUGUUGCUAUUCUCCUUUUUGCUUUGGUAAUCGGGGCCAUACUGAGUAACAUUUUCAUUACGCUUGCCGCUGCGAGAGCUCAAACAGGAUCUUCGACCACACCCAUCGAAAUACAUCUGGCUGUCCGUACUAUGGCGUCCAAAGUUGUUGCAGGUGUCAACGCUUGCGCGUAAAAUGUGUAGUGUAUCCGGCUUUCCUAACGUGAAUAGUCGACCUGGUAUGGCUCCUGAACGCCGCGUUCCGAUCUCUCGCAGUGAUCUCUCAAUUCUGGACAAUGAGUUCUCGAACGUUCGAGAGAGAUUUGAGCAGGAGAUGAGGCGCAUGGAGGACGAGAUGUCUCGUUUUAGAAGCCAGCUUGCAGAUCACGAGCGAGACGUAUUUUCUCGAGGUCUGACAAGCCAGCCGCGAAGCUACCUGGACAUGUCGUCGCCACUUAUUCAGGAUACUCCUGACGGCGGGCGCGAAAUCAAGCUGCGAUUUGAUGUGAGCGACUAUGCGCCGGAAGAAAUUGUUGUCAAAACGGUCGACAACCGCCUUCAAGUGCACGCAAAACACGAAGAGAAGACCGAAACGAAGAGCGUCUCCCGUCAAUACAACAGGGAGUUUAUGCUUCCCAAGGGAAUAAACCCGGAACGCAUUACAUCGUCAUUAUCCCGCGACGGUGUUCUCACUAUUACAGCUCCGCUUCCUGCUAUUGAAGACAGUCGCGGUGAGAAGAUGAUCCCCAUAGCGCAUCAAUAAACGACCUUACUCCUACCUUAAAGCUUACUUGACUGACAAAAACAACGUAAAAUUCAAUCAUUGAAAUGCAUUGGAUCAAAGCGUCUGCCCACGCAAAAUACCUAAUACGAUUGAGAGUGAAACUAUAGAAGUACAAUAGCCAUGUGUUUUUAUUUUAAUUAGUAGUUCAUGCACUAUAGAACGCGCGAAAUGUUCACAGAAAGUGCGUUAUUACUCAAGCAUACACUCUUUGAUAUGAUUUCAUUUGACACGAUAAACAUUUAAAUUUAAGAGCUAGUAAACUCAUUGUUUCUGAUGUAGUGCUUCUUUCAUUCAUGACUCAAUAUCUCGCGAGUUAUAAGCGUCAGAACGAUAACUUUUAAUUGACAUACUACGAGAUCACACCGAUUUAAUUGUGCGCCACGGAGACCGUCAAUGAGACGAAUAUUCGCCAUCAGUACAAACGUAUUCUAUUUCUACAAAAAAA